GGAGCUGGCUAUUACGUCAUCAGUGCGCGACAUAGCGUGCAGGACUGUGAAGGACGCCGACGAGAAGUUCGAAAUGAAAUAAGUGAAAUAUAAAGGACGUUGCUGUGAUGGCGGUGUCAUGUUUAACUCGAGCUCUGUGCUCCCUCACCCUCUCUCAGCCUGCUGUGAUGCCCUCGCAGGCUGUCACCCAGCUGAAACUGGGAGCUCUGGUGUCCAGUACAAUCAGCCAGUGCAGAGGCUUUCUCACCACAGCCCCUCUGGAGCAGAACAGGACUUGCUGGAAGCAGAGGGAGAAGUACACCAUCAAGCCGAUUGGAAUGAAAAAGACAGGAGGCCGAGAUCAUACAGGGAAGAUACGCACGCAUGGGAUCGGUGGAGGCCAUAAACAAAGGUACCGGUGGAUCGAUUUCCAAAGACUGCGCUAUGAAGCCAACAAAGAGGACCAGCCUUUUGAAGAGAGGGUUGUUGAGGUGCGAUAUGAUCCAUGCAGGUCUGCUGAUAUAGCUCUGGUAGCAGGAGGUAACCGCAAAAGAUGGAUCGUUGCGACAGAAAACAUGAAAGUUGGAGACGUCAUUAAGACAUCUGGAGUUAUUGGACGCAUGGCAGUAUCAGCCAAUGAGGGGGAUGCCUACCCACUGGGAGCGCUUUCUGUGGGGACACUGGUAAACAACCUGGAGGUAAAACCAGGGAAAGGAGCAGAGUACAUCCGUGCUGCAGGCACAAGCGGCGUUUUGCUCCGUAAAGUAAAUGGAACAGCAAUCGUUCAGCUUCCUUCCAAGCAGCAGGUUCAGGUAUUGGAGACCUGCAUGGUGACAGUGGGACGAGUGUCCAACAUUGACCACAACAAACGGAUCAUUGGCAAAGCUGGCCGAAACCGCUGGCUUGGCAUUCGCCCUUCCAGCGGCUUGUGGCAGCGGAAAGGAGGCUGGGCAGGACGCAAGAUUAAACCUCUGCCUCCGAUGAAGAGUUACGUCAACUUGUCCUCAAGCUCUGCCAACUAAGACAUUAGUCUGGACAUGCUUUGCUCAUGGAUGGCUUGCAAUGAAGUGAAAUGGGAAGAAAAUGCAAAUAAAGACAAGCUGUUUGUACAGAAGAUUAAAAAUUUUAUUAAACACAACUGCUUGUGAGAGCAUGAAAAGAACCAAAACAAUAUAAAAAAUCCAAAACAUAUUUACAUCUAUAGUAAAACAUGCAGAGUAACCCAUAUUUUUAGUGGUGAAUUUAAAAAUACUGUCUUGUAAUUUAAAACAGGAUUUGUGCAAAGACACUGGGUGGCAUUUCAAGUAACAGGAGCAAUGAGAUGGCAUGAUGUAACUGUAGUUUGAUCAGUAAAGAAAGGUAACACUGAUGUUGGUUUCUUUUUGGAGUGCUAAAUUAUAGUGACGAAGUGAGCAUGCCUGCUCAUUGAUCCAGUCUUGUAAAACACCCCCAUGCUACCUCUGGAUUUAGGGAAAGACAGAAAAAAAAUGAGGUCAAAUACUGCAAUUUUGCUUUUCAUAAAGUAUUCCAUUGGCUAACCUGCAUAAAUUUCCUCAAACAACUUUGCCCGGGUUAGCACUAUGCACAGCCAGAGAUUGCAAAUACACGAGGGCCAUUCGGACCCAAUUCUAAAAGAUGGAAAUGGGAAAAGUUCACUGUACAGUAACAGGCAGACACAAGGUGGUAGCUGCAAAAUAAACUCCAAAAAUCAACUG